AUGACCAUGUUAACUGGAGCAUUUUGUCUGUUUCCCGUUGCCGCUGUCGCCGUUUUGUGUUCAAUGAUGACAAUCUCUUGUUCUAAACCAACUGGAAUUCGCUUGGAUAGUUUCUCCGAAGGCCACAUCAAAGGCUGCUACAUCUUUAAUCAGACCCUUGGUGUUUGCUUUGAGGUUGAAAAGAACUCAAUAAAAAUAGCGAAAACAAGCGGAGAAGUGAUCGUCCAUUAUAGGAAACUAGGUCAGUAUAUGUUCUUCUACCAGAUUUUGGAUCAAGGAUUCAUCGGGUAAGUAUGGUAAUCUCGGUUUAAUCUAUUACUCUAAGACCUCGUUUACACAGGUCCAGACAAAUUUUUGAACGGGCAAAAACUUGCCCGUCGGAUAGAUCCACCUUUCGUUUACACGGGACCCGCGGAACCGAGCGAGUUUUUGAACAACAAACAGUACUGUGACUCAGUAACGGCAAAAUUUAUAAACGGGUUGCACGGGUAAAAAAUUCGUCCAUUCAAAAAUUUGUCCGGAACCGAACGGGGUCUGAGUUAAACUGUAUUUAACGUUGACUAAUAUAUAUAUCAAGAGAAAACCUGUUCAACAAUAAAAAUACAUGCAAUCAACAACCAAAGAAAGUUUUGACCUUGGAUUAACUUUAAUCGUACUCCGCAUUCUGAUCAAUUAUUUCAUUUGUACUAUUUUUACUGUUCUUAUAAUCUAAAUCAUAACUAUAACAAAAUUCUCUAAUCUAAUUGGCUAUUAGCAGUCCUGAUUUCAACAUUUCUGGAUACCAACAUUGUAAUACUGAGGACAGUACAAGUCAUGUUUAUAAGACUAUAGGUAAAUGGACAGUAGGCGCCAUCGCGCGUGCUCAUGUCCGGAAAAAAACUCUCGGGAGAACUUGUCUUUUAUUUUCAAAAAGCUUAAAUUAUCACAAUUUUUGUUAUAGUUAUGAUUAAUAAUUGGUAACAAUGCUUCGUGUCGUCCAAUUCGGGUCUGUAAAUUCAGCCCGUGAUUAAAACAAAUCGGACUUCCGCUACGCGAUCGUCUGAUUGUGUUAAUCACUCGAAUGAUAACAAACUCCCAUUACCUCUCCCCUCCACAGAGGACUCUUUGUGUUGUGGGGAGGCGAGGCUGGAGAGAAAGAAAAAGAGAGCGCGGGGGGAAAAUGGGCAUCGUCCCCCGUGUGCGUUUUCAUUUUUUUUUUAUUUUUUCGAUUAUUGCUAUUUUUAUAGGGAUCACCUAGCAGGAGCCUCCGCGAGCGAGAGAGGUCCUAUUACCAUUAUUUAUCCAUAAACUUGUGAUAAAUAGAUACUUCCUGCUGUCCUGAAUUCGGUCUGAGACAUAUGCCUCGUAUUUGAUUUGUUUCUACACGCUUUAUUAACAUGCAUGUUUACAGCUUUAAAAUAUUCCGCAAAGUUUAAGUUUCAACGUACCCAAACUUUUUCUCUGUGGAUUUCCAGGAAAUCGAUUGCAUUUUUGUUUUCAGAAACAUUUCUUGGGUUGUUUUGUCGUGUUUUCCACUGAAUUCAUGCAGUAGAUAUAUAUUUUUGCACAUUGUUGAUCAGAUGAUUUGGUUGUUGGGUUUGUGACUCCUUCAGACGUUUACUAUAAACGUUCUUGAUGAAUAUGAUUCUGUAUAGUUGGGAUUUUUGUCCUUGUUUUAAUCGAUUUACUGAAAAGUUGAUUCAGGGUCAUCUUUCUUGAAGACGCCUAAAAUAAUGUGAGGAAGUUUUAAAUACUUUAUGGUUUUUACAUUGCUCCUCUUGUGUUAUUUUGACUGGACAAUUCCCCGGCUUCGCAGCGAAAUUUAUAGGAAAGAAAAAAAUGUUUUUGCCAAACAAAUAACUCGUAAUUUUAUGCUACUUAGCCUUGCACAAGCGUUAAUUCGAGCCAGGUGGAUGGGCCUGCUGAUCACCAUACAUUAUUCUAACUUGAUUUGGAUUGUUGGCUAAAAACUGUAAAAUCAUGAUGUGCGACAGCGAUAGCUUUAUAUUAGAAAUAGAAUAUUUGUAUCCUAAAAGUUUGUGAGCUUCCUGAGGAAUAAAAGUGUUUAAAGGAUCGAGAGCCGCCCUCCGGAAAAGUUCUAGCCUGGGUUGUGUAGCAGGUACUUGAAAGUGAUAUGGGCGUCCGGUUCCGUCUUUCUUGCGUCUGUAUUGACUUCACACACCCGCUUGCUUCAGAGGUACAGAGGAGAGAACGGUUCUCAGCAUUACAGCUAUGUAACUUAGAAAUUUAGAUCGAUGAAAAUCAGGGCGCUUGCUGCAAAUGUGGCCUAUCUUUCACUUCCGUUCUUGCUUUUUGUUUUGUAAAUUUUAAGACCUGAUUCGCCGAAGAAGGGUUUCUGACCAAAGCCUUUAAACAAGUACAAAUCUUUAAAGUGAGCGGUUACAUAUUGGCAUCAAAUGGGAUUUUCCUUCAAUUGUUAGUUUACUACAUUCUCGUAACCUGUUAGAUAUCAAUCGCUUUUAGAACGUUUAUGAAACCGAAAUGCCGGAAUAUAUAUUUUUGUUCGAUUCUUUGAAAGUUAUUCAUCAAAGUGUGAAUCUUUCAAAGCAAAAGCUUGCCGUGUACUAAGUUUUAUCAGGAGCGCUAAUCAGCGGACACUUUAUCUUUAUUUCUUCGACUCCUUGUUAGCAGUUUUGAAUUCUACUUCUAAGAGAAAGUCAUUUGCCAUGGCCUCCCUUCUUGGUGUUCGUGGGGUGAAAAGGAAUGUCGAGAGAUUAGGUUGAUGUAAGUGAAAGGGAACUCUAUAAAUAUGGCUUACAAAACUUGUAUGUUGCCGGUGAGUGACAGCUACUUUUACUCGUGUUUUAGUUUUGGGCACCUGGUGGAAUCAGGGUCUAGCUAUCAACCACAACUACAUACUUUCACAGUCAUCUGACUUUUCACUGAAAUCGCUUGCUUAUUCCCUUUUUCAGGCAUGGGCCGAAGAUGAUUUACGUUCCUGGCGCUGUUCCCAGCAUGUCACAGGAGCUCCGAAGGUAUAUGGCUUUGAAGCGCACCACUGAGGAAACGCUUUCAGAACUCGAGGUUUUAAAAAUCCAUUACCAAGAGGCCGUGAGCGAGCUACAUUACUUGCCUGAAAUCCAGCUUCUAGAGCUUAUGUCUAAAGCCUUGCGUGACAACUCUAGUCAACCGGAGAUCCUGGAACCAUUUCAUUCUCUGUGUUUCAGCCUAUUCAAGGCGGCUAACAUAGAGAUCCCCAGUGAGUUAAGGGUUGCGAAUGACCCCAAGGAAGAAACCGAUGAGCCACAUCAUAACAGACAGAAGCGAUCCUGUCGCAGCUUGGAGAAUGACCCAAAUAAUGAUAAGUGGUUAGGAAUGUGUGGCAGAGCAAGCAGCUGUUGGAGCUGGGUGUGCAAUGAUUGCUGUUUCCACACUGGAUGCUGCCAGCAUGAUUUAUGCUGUAGACAUAAUUUCUGGAGUUCGUAUUGUCUCGCGCCAAUUUUCUACGGAUUCAGUUGCGAUGAUUUUGGGGGACACCCUGACUGUCUAGCUGGAUUAGAAAUAGGUGAAACCGACGAAAAGAAAGAGCUCAUAGCUAAUUGCACAGCCAGGGCCUUUUGA